UUAUGACGUUUGAAAGGACAGACAGUCGCUUAAGAGCAAACCCAAGUAAUUUUGCAACGAAUGACUGAUAAAUAUAAUUAGGUAAAUUCUUCAUUGUUUGAAAGACAGCUCGCUUUAUCCGAAUUUCCGAAAUGUCAAGGCGAUAAUGAAUGUUAAUUCGUUUCAGAAUAUCCGAAAAAUGUACGGUCUGACAGUAUUUUUCUUGCUUAUAUUUGCAUCUUGUUUAUUUCGUGAAACUCUGGUGAAAGCGAAAAAACAAGGAGGAAAUGGUAAAGGAGGCCAGGGUCUGCCUCCCGGUCUGAGAAAGCAGAUCGAAAGGGGAGGAGCUCUACCACCGGGUUUGCAGAAGCAGGCCGAAAGAGGGCAUCUACCUCCGGGACUGAGGAAGAAAUUGCCACCCGACGAACAACCACCUGAAGAACCACCCGAAUGGGAUCCCUACGAACCCUCUAGACCGGUCAACCAACCGGUCAGCCUGUUCGGAGAACGCGGAGGACCGCCUAUCAACGAUUCCAAGGCCCUUAAAGAACUGUCCGAUCUCAUUUCUGAAUCGGAAGGGCGAUUCGGAUUACCCGCCAUAAAGUUAUAUGUUUAUGUACCGGAUGCGCAACCUUACCACAAGUUCGAAAGUUGUAAGACUUCGAAUGACGAAGAAGGACACUGUCGAUUUCUACAGUUUUGUGUUCUGCCCGACUUUUUUUACGACACCAGCUACUUCUUUAAUCAAGUAUGUAUGAUUCGCAGAAGAUUAGUGGGAGUUUGUUGUCCCGAUAAAUUCUUCGAUCGAUGGAAAGACUAUAAUUACGUCUAUCCUCAAGUACCUCCGAGACCGACGACGGGACUUCAGCCACCUGUAACAGUACCUUCGGUACCUAAACCCACCCCACCUCAGGUCUACAAAGAUUGCGGAUAUAAUUAUAAAACGAAAAUUGUCGGCGGAAUCAUUUCGGACCCCAAAGAUUGGCGAUGGAUGGCAGCGUUGAUGAAGAAAAAAAAACCUUAUUGCGGAGGAGCUUUAGUUUCCGAAAGUUUCGUUUUGACAGCCGCACAUUGUUUGGAAGGUUAUAAAGAGUCGGAUGUGGAAGUUCGUUUGGGAGAAUUCGAUUUUAGGAGUGACGACGACGGUCUACCCGAAGAUUAUGCGGUGGUAUCCAUAGUUCGUCACACCCAGUUUGAUCCUUUCACGUAUAGAAACGAUAUCGCAUUGUUGAAGUUAGAUCGAUCGGCCAUCACAAACGAAUACACUCAUCCUAUCUGCCUGCCCAAUCCCAAUCUUGAUUAUACCGGUCUGGUUGGAAUCGUAGCCGGUUGGGGUACCAUGACAUAUGGAGGUGUCGCGAGUGAUGUACUUCGUCAAGUUUCUCUUCCUAUAUGGAAUAACAGCGAAUGCGACGGUAAAUAUUCUCAAGCCAUUACUCGUCAUUAUCUUUGCGCAGGGGUAAGACAGGGAAAAGAAGAUUCGUGUCAAGGAGAUUCCGGAGGUCCUCUGAUGGUCGAAGCACGCAAUAAUAGAUGGAUGGUGGUAGGAAUUGUGUCAUGGGGAGUCAGAUGCGCCGAUCCCGGGUUUCCAGGCGUCUAUACAAGAGUUACCGAAUAUUUAGAAUGGAUUAGAUUCCAUAUGGUAUAAGAAUCUUUUGCCAAACAAACCCGAAAAUCAUUCACAAUCGCAUCGCAAAUAAUAAAGUUUACAUACAAUUAAUUGUAUAUUAAAAAAAGAAAUUAAUUGAUUCAAAUCUUGUUUGUAAGUUUAGUAAAACAUAUUUCAUAAAGAAAAAAGUUGGAAUUAUUAAUAAUUUAUAAUUGUACUAUUUCGAAUGAAAAGAUGAUCGGCACCAUUUUAUUUUAUAUAAAUACCCAAACAUGUUAUUUUGUCAUCUCUUUUUACAAAUAAGCUACAAAUAAAAUAUUUUUAUAA